UUUCAGCCUUCUCCCAGGAGAGACUCUCGUGCGGGAGCUGAUUUCUUCUCGGAUCUGACCACCGUAGCCCUCGGUAAUUAUAGCAGCGUUGAAAUUCCGAGCUAAAAACAGAAGUGCAGCGUGUGCCUAUUCCCCAUGUGAUUCGGCAAGCAGGAAAUUGAAAGAGCCUGACUUGAGAAGGGAGAGGGGAGCGCAAAGCAAUAGCCACAUCUAAUAUUUAUCUCCAACCUGCUCCGCCUGGGACGCAGGAGCUGUCAUCUGCCGGAGGUGAUUAUGCAUGCAGCCAGAGCAGAGCCUGAUUGGGUGUAGUAGGACCGAAGGCGAGGGGGAGAGGGAGCGGAGAGAGAGUUCGGCUCGCCGCACUGAAAUGUAAACACUGGAAAGCGAGAGGGAGUAGGACGCCUUUAUGCUCCCAACUGCGAGCAGCAGGCUCCCGCGGCUCCAGCGACGUACCCCUUGCACAUCUAAGCUGUGCCCGGCUGGAUGAGCAGAAGCAGAGACUCCGGAGGAUCUCCUGCCUGUGGAUAUAAAUAGGGGGCAAUCGGGAUGCGCUAGCUUUCUCCGGUGGCGCCGCAGCUCCUUCGUGCUCCGCGCCGCGGCUGGGACGGGGCAAUGGACAUGAACAUGAAGAAGUUCACAGUGCGUCGGUUCUUCUCGGUCUAUCUCCGCAAGAAGUCUCGGUCAAAGAGCUCGAGCCUAAGUAGAUUUGAGGAAGACGGUAUCGUGAAGGAAAUAGACAUCAGUCAUCAUGUGAAGGAAGGUUUUGAAAAAGCAGAUCCUUCUCAGUUUGAGCUGCUGAAAGUAUUAGGACAAGGUUCAUAUGGAAAGGUAUUUCUAGUGCGGAAGAUCAAAGGAUCUGAUGCGGGUCAGCUUUAUGCCAUGAAGGUACUUAAGAAAGCAACUCUGAAAGUUCGGGAUCGGGUACGAUCAAAAAUGGAGAGAGAUAUUUUGGCAGAAGUGAAUCAUCCUUUCAUAGUCAAACUUCAUUAUGCAUUUCAAACAGAGGGAAAGUUGUAUCUAAUACUAGAUUUCCUGCGGGGAGGGGACCUUUUCACAAGACUCUCCAAAGAGGUGAUGUUUACAGAAGAGGAUGUCAAGUUCUACUUAGCUGAGCUGGCCUUGGCGUUAGACCACCUCCAUGGUCUUGGAAUUAUUUACAGGGAUCUAAAACCAGAAAACAUUCUUCUUGAUGAAGAGGGCCACAUUAAGAUAACAGAUUUUGGUCUCAGUAAAGAAGCCAUCGACCAUGACAAGAGAGCAUAUUCGUUCUGUGGAACAAUAGAGUAUAUGGCCCCAGAGGUGGUCAACCGACGAGGACACACGCAGAGUGCAGACUGGUGGUCUUUCGGCGUACUCAUGUUUGAGAUGCUGACGGGAUCGUUACCCUUCCAGGGAAAAGACAGAAAGGAGACAAUGGCACUCAUUCUCAAAGCCAAGCUGGGAAUGCCACAGUUCUUGAGCGUAGAAGCCCAGAGCCUGCUGCGAGCCCUCUUCAAAAGGAACCCCUCCAACAGAUUAGGUGCGGGAUUCGAUGGAGUGGAAGAAAUUAAACGUCACCCUUUCUUUGUUACUAUUGACUGGAACAAACUAUACAGGAAAGAAAUCAAGCCACCCUUCAAGCCCGCAGUGGGACGGCCAGAAGACACCUUUCAUUUUGAUCCAGAGUUCACAUCUCGGACCCCCACAGAUUCCCCAGGUGUCCCUCCAAGUGCCAAUGCUCAUCAUCUUUUCAGAGGGUUCAGCUUCGUUGCCUCUAACUUGGUGCAGGAGCCUGCACAGCAGGAUGUGCACAAAAUCACCGUCCAUCCAAUUGUGCAGCAGUUACAUGGGAACAACAUUCACUUUACAGAUGGAUACGAGAUCAAGGAGGACAUAGGAAUUGGCUCCUAUUCAGUGUGCAAGAGAUGUGUUCAUAAAGCCACAGAAACAGAGUUUGCGGUGAAGAUAAUUGAUAAGAGCAAGAGAGACCCCUCUGAAGAAAUUGAGAUCCUCUUGCGAUACGGACAGCAUCCAAACAUCAUUACUCUUAAAGAUGUCUAUGAUGAUGGGAAAUACGUGUACCUGGUGAUGGAGUUGAUGCGGGGAGGUGAGCUGCUGGACCGCAUUCUUCGGCAGAAGUGUUUCUCAGAGCGAGAGGCCAGCGCUGUGCUGUGCACCAUCACCAGGACUGUGGAUUACCUGCACUCUCAGGGUGUGGUGCACCGGGAUCUCAAGCCAAGUAAUAUCCUCUACAUGGAUGAGUCAGGAAACCCAGACUCCAUCAGGAUCUGUGACUUUGGGUUUGCCAAGCAACUGAGAGCGGAGAAUGGGCUGCUCAUGACUCCCUGCUACACGGCAAACUUCGUCGCCCCCGAGGUCCUUAAACGCCAAGGUUACGAUGCAGCCUGUGACAUCUGGAGCUUGGGGAUCCUACUGUAUACCAUGUUGGCAGGGUUCACUCCUUUUGCAAAUGGACCAGAUGAUACCCCAGAGGAGAUUCUGGCCAGGAUCGGCAGUGGCAAAUACGCGCUUACAGGAGGAAACUGGGAUUCAGUAUCUGAUACUGCAAAGGACAUUGUAUCAAAGAUGCUUCAUGUAGACCCUCAUCAGCGCCUCACGGCAGUACAAGUCCUAAGACAUCCAUGGAUAGUGAACAGGGAGUAUUUGUCUCAAAACCAACUCAGCAGACAAGACGUUCACCUGGUGAAGGGUGCAAUGGCAGCCACUUACUUUGCUUUAAACCGAGCACCUCAGGCACCAAGGCUGGAGCCUGUAUUGUCCUCCAAUCUGGCUCAGCGGAGGGGCAUGAAAAGACUUACCUCUACCAGGUUGUAGCAGUACCCCCAAAAGGCCUCUUUGAAAACCCACAGUUUAUUAUUUGAGAGAUUCAUCUUUACUUGGCUAGCAGAACUAUUUUGGACAACCUGCACAUGAAAUCGCCAGAACUAGCAGAAGCCCAGUGUAAGGCAAAGUUCUCCUUUGCUCCAUCAUUUCUUUUACAUUCCAGCCAGGGUCCCGAGUUUAAUAAGUUCACAAAGAUGUGCCAAUUUUGCCACUAGCUCUGUUUCCUUACUGAGAUAAAGCCAAAUAAAGUAGAUGUGCUCCAUCCUUCCCACCCUAGGAAAUACUGGUUUUGAGUCCUUAAGAUGUUCCAUGGGAAGACUGUUUUCAUUUUAUUUCUCAAGAAAAGCACUUUUUGCUAUGAAGAACGCAAUCAGGUUUGAAUGUUUUCAGCUGUUCCAGCAUGCGUCAUGAUGAAGUGGCUCAGCUGGUCACCAGUAGACAUCUACUGAUCUCCACUCACCACAGGAAGAGUGAAGACUGCAGAGACACGUGAAUAAUAACCUUACUUGAAAUAAGUGCUAUACAGCAUGAAGGAGAGAGAGCUGUUGGUGAUGGAAAUACCUUCUGAUUUCAAGAAAUCUUUUGCACUUUGCCCCUGCCCUCUCUGGAACGAAGUCAGCACCUCUUGAGGAGCACAUGCCACCAGCCCUGACUUACUCAGAGGUCUCAGAGAGCAGAAAACCUCUGAGAAACUCACUCCUCGGAGGAAAUUAUUGGGUCUUACAAGACUGUGGGAAAGCAUUCACAUAUAACAGUGUGAGUAGGAGCCUGUGGAUCAGGGGAAAAAAAGGCGUCUGGUCUUGGCCACCAAGCAGGAUGUCUGGGAGGACUUGGUGAGGGGGCUGGGGAACCGAGCAGAGGCAGGGAACAGUGCAAGUGACUUUGAGGACAGUAGGCGAAAAGACCCAUGGCAGCGUGGUGGGGAGUACUGCCAAAGGGAACUAGCAUGCACGUGCUUAGAGGGUGAACUGGGACCCCUUUAAAAGCGAGGGACAGUCCCUCUCCAGCAGCUGGUGCAGAAAAGGGGGGUGGGCAUUGGGCGGCUGAGGGGCCGGGUGGGUUGUGCAGCUGUCCUCCCACGCCAUCGUGGAGUCUGCUCACGGCGCCUGCUCACGGAGGCCGGCUCUGGUGGGCCAGAGUGCCACCCUGGAGCAAGCGAUGUCAUUUCCAGUUGUUGCUCCCUGCCCUUCCCUGGCUGCUCACCCGAAUCCGCCCCUGUCACCCAACGUUUCAUGUCCCUGCCUGGCUGUUCUGCUCUAGCAGAGCUAAACUCCCUGUGCCAUGUGUGUGCGGAGAGUACCUGCUUCUGAAGAGUCCAGCUAACUCUGUUACAAGCUUUAAUAAUAAUAAUAAAUUAUGAGGAGAAAUGGGAGGAUGCUCUGCUUUUAUAUUUAUAUAAAUAUGUACAUGUGUAUUUAUAUACAUAUAAAACAAAAGUUCUGUACCCUAAUACCUGGUUUUUCUAGGUUCGGGGAAAGAAAACUUUGUUGAAAUGGUCUCAGCAAAAUGGACCUUUUUUUUCAUUCCCUGAUUUCAAAGAAAAUGCGCAAGCUUUGUGGUGCCGGAUGUGAACUAUUUUUUUAUUCUUUCUCUUACCCGUCUUGGCUUAUGGUGGUCACAAGCUGACCAGGAUUCUUCUUUGUACUGCUUUUGUUAAUUUUCGUUUUCCGAGUAAAUUUUGUCACCUCAGAUGCUUUGUGGGAAAAGCUAAUGUGUUAUGUUGCCUUUUUUUCUGUCAUGAUGGGAAAAAAAAGAAAAAUGUGAACAUGGAGCUUCAUAUGCUGGAGAUGGUAAUUUUUCCAUGCUGGGCGGUAUGUGCAUCUCGAUGCUGAACUGGAAUUACCAGAUCACUGCCUCAGUGUCCAAGGGAAGGAGUUGCAUUUGCUACAGCAAUAUGCUUCCUAAAACUAGCUCUGUUCCAAUGUUGACUGAAAUUUGUUUGUUUGCAUUAGUCUAUUUUUAAAUUUAAAUUUAUUCUUAAUAAUUUAAACCGAUAUUAUAUUUAAUGUUCAGGUUUAUGUGCUGUGCACAGAGGUCUGCUGCAAAGCGGCUCUCCUUGAAGCCCAUCUCUUUUCUAGAAUAAACGAUGCUGUGAAACCUCACACCGUGGCUGAAUCAGCUUGGACUGAUGUGUGCAAACACGUGCAGGUGUGUGUCUAUGGGUAUAUACACAGCAGCCCUCAUUCUCUCCUCCAGCUAAGCUGGGCUCACUGACAGCUUUUUGCAGCCUUUACACUUUUCCUCUUGCUAGAAGUUAAGUCACGUAUAUUUCUGCGAGCAGCACCCUGCGAGGUGAGUCCACAGGCAGGAAAAAUCCUGGCUGAUGCAGAAACGCUUGGGCCUGGCCUUGUUUCCCUCUAAGUGACUUCUAUCCUGGAAGAAGGCAAGGUGGGCACAAGGAUGCUAAGGGCAACCUGGAGGGAGGGAUGGAUUUUCUGGGGUCCCAGAUGGUUUGUGCUGUUUCAACAAAACAUAUUUUUAAUGGUCGGUGUAAUUGUAUUGUAUAUGGGCAGAAAGACUGUUGUAAAUAUUAUGUAGAGUUUUUGUCUCCCCCUGAGAUUUCCUGGUCAUCUUCCGUUCCUUCAGUUUGCUUUCUCUUCAUAGCCAUUGGAAACAGUCUAAUUCCCUCUUGAUAAACUCAGUCUUAAUUCUUUGAGCAUUUUUUUUCAAUGAAUAUUAUUGUAGGCCAAGCUUACAGGAUGUUGCUCUUCCUGAAUUUAAUGGUUUGAAUCUCUUCCUUGAUUUAGCUCUUUCUAACCCACCAGCUAUCACCCUAUUAACUGUACAAGGUUUGGGCCACAUACAGAAUGAUACAUGUUGAUGCUCGUUAAUUACUCUAUAAGCCUAUAAAUUACAUAUAAUGGGGUUUGCUUACUAAGAUUUUGUUGCCAGCACAUCCAGAUGUAUGCACGUGUGUGUGUGUACAUAUAAACACAUACACACAAAAAAAGUGCUGUCCCAGCUUGUCCAAAUGAGGAUAGAAGUGUAGUCAGGGCUUGAGGUGAUACUCUGAUGAGGUUUGUCUGUGGUGUUCUUGAAAAUUAGUCAUUGAAAAUGGUAGUGGUUAGUCUGGGUGUGGAUAGGCAGCUGUGGAAAAAGCUGUCCUGUCCAGCCUCCCCUCUGUCCCAGCUGUGCAUCCCCGUGCACCCCCAGGGCAGAUCAGCCCCCCUUCCUCAGGCUUGCCACGGGAUGUGCUCUUCUGAGGUUUUUCUGACCUGUUUCAGUCAGGAUCCCAGUUAAACCAUUUUCACCGUCAAUCUUGCCUCCAUCAACAAUCCUAGGGACGAUCACUCCUGGCAGAGGGGGAGGAACACACCAUUGGCACUUAUUAUUUCAGACUGGUAGCACCUCCUGCUUCCCUUGGCCCAGCUGGAUCCAGGCAAAGAUGCAUGGCCAUGGCCUAAUUACUGCUAUGGCUGCUUUUAUACCAGGGUCGCUUUUCCAGGCUCCUUGCUGUAGCUCAGCAAUAAACAUUUAUUCUUUCUAGAAGAAAACUUAACUGAAAAAGGCUUAGCCUCUCUCUUUCUCCCUCUCGCCCUCUCUUUUUAAUCUUAAAGGACUUUUACUAAAUGUUAUGUUUAACUCCUAAAAGUCAAAAAAUCACUUUGAAUUAGAUCAUACCAUCUUGCAGGUUAUUAGUCCACAAAGUGACCUAGUGCCUUAGGCUAUUACCAGUUACAUUUCUGAACCGUCAAGCUACGCAAAGCAAUGACCAUCCAAGGCAUGCUAAAGUGCAUCUGUCACAGACAUAGUCAGCUUAUCUGGAGAGCCGCUUCAAAAGCUGUUGUUCAGCUCAGUAGAGGGGUGUCUGCCCAACAGGGAGGAGGCAUCUCCCCACACUUUGCAGAGCUGGAUCCUACCUCUGCAGCUCCCUGACUUUGAAGAAGCCAAAUGGCCCUGAUGAAGAUCAUGGGAAGAUCCAGUUCCUAUGCAGCACCACAGCUUGUGUAUAUGGCAAAGGUGUGGGAGAUGCUGCUCAGAGGGAGAGCUGACCCCCGCCCCCAGUCCUCCAUGAAGUUUUACUUGUUUAAAAUCUGUUUAAUUUUUUCUAAGCAAGUUUUAACAGCGGAUUGAAUUUAUAAAGCCUGACUUUUUCAGCAAACCACAAGUGGCCUUCACAGAUACUUUGUAAUCAAUCUCUGCAUCUGAAAAAAAAAUCCCUCUGAUAAUAGAUUCUGGUUUGACUCUCCAGAAAACGGCCUCAGGUACUGGGGAUAACCCAGGCACAGAGAGCUGGGAGAAGCAUGUCUUGUGUGACAUGAACCUUGCGUGUCACACUCUUACAAAGUACAGAUCGUGUGUCCCUGUGCUUCAUCUAACCCUGGAUGUACUACUGGGACUCUUUUCAGCCAGACUUACGGUUAAAUAGGUUUUGGACUGAGUUUGAAAGGGACAAUAAAUCUGUUGGCUUACAGGGUACAUCAGAUUCUGUUAGAAAUCAGUACACAGAUCUUUAAGGGACAGGCUGGUUUUGCCUGCAUAGUGCAGUGCUCACUCUAACAACUUGUACCUGGCUCUGGUACAUCCGAAUACAUCAGAACUUUGAUUGAGUAUUGCAGUUGCUGUGCGUCUAUAAUAUGAAUUAUGCCAGGGCUUGGAUCAUCCCCUAAACCAUGAGUGCCACAAGGGUUUCUUUUGCCACCAGUCCACAGAACUUAUGCCAGCAUAUGCAAGUGCUGAUGCUAAAAACAGGCAGGCAGUCACUUUCUCUUGACCUCAGCUGCUCAUUUGUCUUUUCACACCUCCCUUAUCCAGGUCACCACGGAGCAAAGCAAAUGUUUGUGCCUCAGAACAAGUGGCUGGGGGUAGCAGGAAGGCAACAGUGUCUUUUUUUGCCAGCAGUGCUGUCAACAUAUUGGUGUGGCUACAACUUCGGUGUCGCCUCUGUCCCUCUGUUUCUGAGUUACACUGAGCUGAGCCCAGGUGUGGCUCAGAGUCAAGUGAUAAAUGAUGGGAUGUUUGUACAGCAGCAGGUUAUCGGUCCCAAGCGGUGUGCACAGAGGGGGAGGACAAGUCCAGGCUUCUGAAAAUUUGCCACAAGUUCAUAUAAACGCCCUGUAACCAGAGGGUAUAGGGCCACAGAUAACACGCCAUGGGGAAAUAAUGUUGACUGUGUGUAUUUUUGCCACCAUCGACUUUAUAAAGAGGAUAGAAAAAAUCCUGGGUUUGUUUUUAAAUCACCUAUUUUUACAGAGGAAAUUCCUGAUUUUGUAGAGUGCUACAGUCUUGUAGAUGCCUAGUAGGAGUAAGGCAGAUAAGCAUGGAAGAUAAAGUAGAUCACUAUAGCAGAAAAGGAGACAGCUUUCACUGGAAAAUUGUUUUAAUUCAGGUGUUUUGAAGCUGUAUCUUAGUUGUGUGUAUUUAGCAAGUAUUUAGAAGCAAAGUUCUCUUGUUGAACAUCUGCAGAUCGUGCCCUUAAAUAAGAGCCAAGAGAGCUAGCUCCAGGGUGAUAUGUCUGAAUCCUAACAGUUAGGCAAGAAGUACAACUGGGCCAACCACCUCAGAUAUUUCUUAGAUUAAAAUAAAAAGGCCUAAAAUAAUAUGUUUUAAUACAGUUCAUAACAAAGGAAAACGUGCAAGCCCAUUUUCUUUUCCUCAUUUGAUGUAUGCAUCAAAAUCCCAUAGAAGUGUGGAUUACCUUCUAGCUGACCGUGCUUCUAAAACCCUGUAUUGCCCCAAGAUAUUGCAGCUAAGCUGCUUCUGGUCCCUCAGUUACUGUGUGAACACAGUCCCCCACUCCCCCCUCCAUGUCUGCCCACAACAGGCACAAGCAACAAUUGUGCAUCCUCUUGUAUUCUGAAAGUUAGUAAAAAUGUGAGUGUCUAAACUCAGAAGAUAAAGUUAAAUGUAAGGUUCUCCGUGUGUAUAGAACUAAAUUUCUGAGUAUUUAUAUGAAGGGUGAGCAGAAGUCUGUGCAGAACAAGAACACUACAGAGCAAAUAAAGCCACAGUAGUUCUUAGAGCCAAAUUUUAGCUAAAAUCUAUAAGUUUUGUGAGUCUAGAGCUUGCAUUUCCAUGUGCAAGCGGGUGACAACACACACAGGUCAGCCAGCUAAGCAGGCAUCUGAUCGUGCAUGUCAGUACAGGCUUGCACAUGGAAAUGUUUUGUAGCCGAGUUUAGAGUCUAAAAUUAACAGUUUGGCCCUUUGCAUCACCCUGUAUUGUGUAAACCAUGAUGGUCAGUGUUGAACAUUACAACCGCUACUUGCUUUGCUGAUGUAGUUAUAGAGUCAAUUUGUGCUCCAUCCUGUCUCCUAAAUGGAUGUGAUGAUGGUCAUAGUUUUCAGAGAUGCCGUAGCCUGAAAGGCAAAUGAGGAAAAUAUAAAUCCUCUUCGAUAAAGGAGAAUUUUGAAAGGAGAGGCUGGAAAUAAGCAUUUUGAAGUGCAGAAAAUGAAAACCAGUUGCUUAAAGGUUGUUUCUGAUUUGUGACUCAGAGCCAAAUCUUGCCUCCCUCACUCUUGCUGUGUCAGUUCCUUAAUCUGUAUGCACCUUCCGUGAAAUUAGGGGGACAGCUCAGAGCAGGGUCCUCUUUCCUGUCGCAGUGGUGGAGUUUGGCCAUUAAAUGAUGAUGUGUCCAAGGGGCUUAUUUGGGUAGUAUUCAGUGAAUUUGACAAAAUAUGAAACAUGAUAUAGCACUUUGUUUACAGGCUCCAUAUUCAUGUUUACAAAUUAUGAUUUCUGAGGCUCACGCUUUUUACGUUUCCUGUAUGAAAAGGGCAGCCGGUGUACAGAUAUUUAUUAUGUUUACCAGCGUUUCUGAAUAGAUUUUUUUUAUAGUACAUGGUUUUAUGAAGUGUAAUAUUUUUAUAGCAGAAUUAUGAUCUUUGGACUUUCUAUAUUGUUACCUACAAAUGUUUGCAAAUAAGCUCUUUGCUCCCUUUUUUCUGUGCACUGUGUCCAGUGUUGCUGCUGCUACUGUUGCUGGCCUCAGCUGCUGCUGCCCCGCCAUGACGUGGGCUGACGGUAUUGUGAAACUGUGCAAACUAACUUCAAAGAGCUGUGAUUGUGCUGAAGGGGCUGGCUGCGUGCUAGGUCCCUCACGGCAGGAGGGAUGGGGAGCUGUACUCUACCAGGGCAAGAGUUUACUGUGGAUGGCCCCAAGGAGAAGCCUCAGUGCUUACCUUUGUCUGUACUCUGCCAGUUUGGCUUGGCAU